CACCAGUGACAUCACUGCGCACAUAGCACAAGGUGAGGAACAAAACAAGAGGUCUACUUCAAAACGCGAGAGUAACCGAAUAACUGAUGUCCGCAACACUGCUCACGGGUUCAGAGAUAGUGGCCCGGCGUUUUUAGAAUGCAGAAAUCUCCAGUGGAAGAUGCGAACUUCCUAUCAAGAUUUUUCUUCUGUUGGACAUCAGCAAUUUUGAGAAAGGGAUACAGGCAGAAGUUGGAGCUGUCAGAUGUGUAUAAAGUGCCCUCUUUUGAUACAGCUGAUACCCUCUCUGAGCGCUUGGAAAGAGAAUGGGACCGAGAACUUGCAUCCUCCAAGAAAAAACCCAGACUCUUCAAUGCUCUACGCCGUUGUUUCUUCUGGCCCUUUGCCUUUUAUGGCAUCCUGUUGUACUUUGGGGAAGCCUCAAAGACCGUGCAGCCUCAGCUCCUGGGGCGAAUCAUCGCCUCGUUUGACCCUUUCCACGCAGAGGAGCGGGAGCAGGGCUUCUUCCUGGCCCUGGGGCUCUGCCUGCUGUUUGUGGCACGCUUCAUGCUUCUCCAGCCGGCCAUCUUUGGCCUGCACCAUCUGGGCAUGCAGAUCCGUAUCGCCCUCUUCAGCUUGAUCUAUAAAAAGACCUUAAAGCUGUCCAGCCGGGUCCUGGACAAGAUUAGCACUGGGCAGCUGGUUAGCCUGAUGUCUGCACACUUGAAUAAGCUGGAUGAGAGCCUGGGUCUGGCGCACUUUGUGUGGAUCACACCCCUGCAGUGCAUUCUGUGUGUGGGGCUGAUCUGGGAGCUUAUUGAGGCCUCGGCCCUCUGUGCCCUGGCUGCCCUCUUGGUGCUGGCGAUCUUCCAGGCCUGUCUGUCUCAGAGGAUGGGCCCUUACAGGGCUAAGAGAGCCAAGCUGAUCAACCGGAGGCUGGCACUGACCUCAGAGAUAGUGGAGAACAUCCACUCUGUGAAGGCCUAUGGCUGGGAGGAGAUCAUGGAGACUAUCAUUAAGAACAUCAGGCAGGAUGAGAUGACUUUAACCCGGAGGAUCGGCUCCCUGCGCUACUUCUACAGCUCGGCGUACUUCUACUCGGCCUUCUUGGUCAUCAUUGCCACCCUGGUGCCGUACGCCCUCCAGCAGAGCAUCAUCCUGCGCCGUAUCUUCACCACGCUCUCCUACUGCAUGGUGCUGCGCAUGACCCUCACCCGCCAGCUGCCCAACUCCAUACAGAUGUGGUACGACACGCUGGCGCUCAUCGACAAGCUGGAGGACUAUCUCACAAAAGAGGAGUACAAAGUGUUGGAGUACAAUCUAACCACGACUGAAGUGGAGCUUAUGAAUGUCACUGCCUCUUGGGACGAGGGAAUAGGCGAACUCUUCGAAAAGAUAAAGCAGGAGAACAAGGAGAACGGACACCCUAAUGGAGAUUCAGGCCACUUCUUUACCAACCUGUAUGUGACCCCGGUGCUGAAGAACAUCAGCUUACACCUGGAGAAGGGGAAGAUGCUGGCCGUGGCUGGGUCGACUGGAUCAGGCAAGAGUUCUCUCCUCAUGAUGAUUCUGGGGGAGCUGGUUCCCUCGGAGGGGAAGAUCAAGCACAGCGGCCGCAUCUCCUUCUCCCCACAGACCUCCUGGAUCAUGCCCGGCACCAUCCGCGAAAAUAUCGUCUUUGGCCUGACGUAUGAUGAGUACCGCUACACCAGUGUCAUCAAGGCCUGUCAGCUGGAGGAGGACCUCGCCCUGUUGCCGGAAAAAGACAGGACCCCCCUGUUAGAGGGGGGGUUGACCUUGAGCGGGGGACAGAGGGCACGGAUCGGUCUGGCCAGAGCAGUGUACAAAGAUGCAGAUCUUUACCUGCUGGACAGCCCCUUCACCCACCUGGACAUUGUGACAGAAAAAGACAUUUUUGAAAGCUGUGUGUGCAGACUGAUGGCAUCGAAGACACGGAUCGUGGUCACGAGCAAGCUGGAGCACCUGAAACGUGCCGACCGGAUCCUGCUGCUCCACAACGGCGUGUGCUACUUCUACGGCACGUUCGGCGAGCUGCAGUCCCAGCGGCCCGACUUCAGCUCCCUGCUGCUCGGCCUGGGGGCCUACGACAACAUCAACGCCGAGCGGCGCGGCUCCAUCCUGACCGAGACGCUCCGGCGCGUCAGCGUGGACGAGACCGCGGGCCACCACCCCGAGCCGCCCCGGCCCCCCUUCAGACAGCCGCCCCCGCCCACGCCCACCGCCGGCGACGCCCCGGACAAGAGGAAGCCCUCGCUCAUCCUCAACCCCCUGGCGGCCGCUCGGAAGUUCUCGGUGGCCCAGCACCCGGAGGAGGACCCGGGGCGGGAGGCCCCGCAGCGCCGCUUCUCCGUGGUGCCCGAGGACGACCAGGUGGAGGAGGUGCUGCCCCGCAGCAACGUCUACCACCCCGGGAUCAACUUCCCCGGGCAGCGCCGCCAGUCCGUGCUGGCCUUCAUCACCAACGCCCAGGGCCAGGGCCGCCGCGAGCAGAUGCAGUCCUCCUUCAGCCGGAAGCUGUCCAUCACGCCCCAGAGCGAGCUGGCCUCCGAGCUGGACAUCUACGCCCGGCGCCUGUCCAACGACAGCAUGUAUGACAUCAGCGAGGAGAUGGAUGAGGAAGACAUGGAGGAGUGUUUUGCAGAUGAGCGAGAACAUGUCUUUGAAACUACCUCAUGGAGCACAUACUUCCGAUACUUAUCAACGAACAAGAACCUUGUCUAUAUUCUCGUCUUUAUCAUCUUGGUCUUCUUGAUUGAGGUGGCUGGGUCUGUGAUUGGGAUACUUUUAAUCACUGAUAAGAUCUGGACGGAGGAGAACGAGACGACGUACCCAAACUCUUCCCAGGGGUCUCCCUACGCAGUGAUCGUCACGCCCACCAGUGCGUACUACAUUGUUUACAUCUACGUGGCGACGUCGGAGAGCGUGCUGGCUCUGGGCUUCCUGCGGGGGCUGCCUCUCAUUCACACCCUGCUCACCGUCUCCAAGAAGCUGCACCAGCAGAUGCUGCAAGCCGUGCUGAGGGCGCCCAUGGCCGUGCUCAACACCAUGAAGUCAGGGCGAAUUAUGAACAGAUUCACCAAAGACAUGGCGACCAUUGAUGACAUGCUACCUCUCAUCCUAUUUGAUUUCAUACAGCUGACCCUGAUUGUGCUGGGAGCCAUCUUUGUGGUGUCUAUAAUGCGGCCUUACAUCUUCCUUGCUGCCAUCCCUCUGGCUGUCACCUUUGUGUUACUGAGGAAGUACUUCUUGCGCACAGCACAGCAGCUGAAGCAGCUGGAGGCUGAAGCUCGGAGCCCCAUCUUCUCGCACCUGAUCCUCUCCCUCAGGGGUUUGUGGACGAUACGAGCCUUUGGCCGGCAGACCUACUUUGAGACCCUCUUCCACAAGGCCCUCAACACCCACACGGCCAACUGGUACCUGUACCUGUCCACGCUGCGCUGGUUCCUCUUCCGCAUCGACAUGAUCUUCGUCCUCUUCUUCACCACCACCGCUUUCAUCUCCGUGGGAACCAACCGUGAUAAGCCCGGUGAAAUUGGCAUCAUUAUCACCCUGGCGAUGUUGAUUCUGGGAACCUUCCAGUGGGCUGUUAUCACCAGCAUCACUGUGGACGGCCUGAUGCGUUCUGUGGAUCGGGUCUUUAAAUUCAUAGAUCUUCCAUCCGAGGAGCCCAAGCACACGACCCGGGUCAAGAACACAGAUGUGGUGAUUGAAAACCCCCAUGCAGAUGAUGGCUGGCCAUCCCGCGGUCAGAUGGAGGUUCGAGACCUCACUGUGAAGUACACAGAAGCAGGGCGGUCAGUCCUCCAGAAGCUGUCCUUUAACAUUGAUGGUGGACACAGGGUGGGAGUCCUGGGGAGAACGGGCUCAGGGAAGAGCACUCUGCUCUCCGCUCUGCUGAGGCUGGCGUCCACGGACGGGGACAUCUCCAUCGACGGCGUCUCAUGGAACUCCGUCCCCCUCCAGACCUGGAGGAAGGCCUUUGGGGUAGUGCCCCAGAAAAUCUUCAUCUUGACGGGGUCGUUUCGCAUGAAUCUGGACCCGUGUGGCAGACACUCAGAUGAGGAACUCUGGAAAGUUACAGAGGAGGUGGGGCUGAAGUCGGUCAUCGAGCAGUUCCCAGACAAGCUGGACUUCCAGCUGGAGGACGGGGGCUAUGUGCUGAGCAACGGGCAUAAGCAGCUGGUGUGUCUGGCCCGGUCCAUCCUCAGCAAGGCCCGAAUCCUGCUGCUGGACGAGCCCAGCGCCUACCUGGACCCCAUUACUUUGCAGAUCCUGAGGAAGACGCUGAAACAUUCCUUCUCCAACUGCACCGUCAUGCUGUCCGAACACCGGGUGGAGCCUCUCCUGGAGUGCCAGUCCUUCCUGAUGAUCGAGGGCAGCUCGGUGAAGUCCUACGACUCCAUCCAGAAGCUUCUGAACGAGAUGAGCCAGCUGAAGCAGGCCAUCAGUCCCACGGAGCGGCUGAAGCUGUUUCCCACACACCGUAGGAGCUCCAGCAAGCGUGCGCCCCAGCCCAAAAUCAGCGCCCUGCAGGAGGAGGCCGAGGACGAGGUGCAGGACACGCGCCUCUGAGGCAGCGCACCAAAUACCGCCCAGGUCUGAACACUGCCACGGCCUCCAAACAUCGCCUGGGUCUGAACACCGCCACCGGCCUCCAAACACCGCCUGGGUCUGAACACCGCCACCGGCCUCCAAACACCGCCUGGGUCUGAACACCAACACGGCCUCCAAACACCGCCUGGGUCUGAACACCAACACGGCCUCCAAACACCGCUUGGGUCUGAACACCAACACGGCCUCCAAACACCGCCUGGGUCUGAACACCGCCACGGCCUCCAAACACUGCCCUGGUCUGAACACCGCCACGGCCUCCAAACACUGCCCUGGUCUGAACACAGCCACGGCCUCCAAACACCGCCUGGGUCUGAACACCGCCACGGCCUCCAAACACUGCCCUGGUCUGAACACCGCCACGGCCUCCAAACACUGCCCUGGUCUGAACACUGCCACGGCCUCCAAACACCGCCUCGGUCUGAACACCGCCACCGGCCUCCAAACACCGCCCGGGUCUGAACACCAACACGGCCUCCAAACACCGCCAUGGCCUCCAAACACCGCCUGGGUCUGAACACCAACACGGCCUCCAAACACCGCCUGGGUCUGAACACCGCCAACGGCCUCCAAACACCGCCAACAUCCCGUCCCUCACCUCAAAAGGAAAAUGACGCCGCUUUAUUUUUUUACAAUUACCUUUUCCCUAGUGAUGUUAUUUUUGAAUUAUUCCUGCCUUACACUAGUGGAAGCAUAUUUUUUGUAAAUAAAAUGAAUGAAAUGGAUGACAGUAUGGACAAAUGAUUCACUUCCCACAGCAUUAUUUUUCUAUUGAAUGCACUUUAUGUAACGAGGUACAGAUACACCUUGGUUUUUUUCAUUAUGGGGACACAGAAGGAAGAAUAUCAGUGCUUUGAAAAAUGUUUGUCUUAAUACAGCGUUAACCCCAGUGCUUCAAAACUGGAUAUCUGUCAGCUUUCUUUAUUUUAUUGGCAAGAUCGUGAAUUUAAAGGUACAAUAGGUAAUUUCGGACUUCUAACAGUCAAGAGGCCCUGGUCCCCUUCUCCGUGAAUGGGCUGAAGUUGAAACACCAUUGGCAGAGGCAGUUAGAACCAAUUUUCAACCAAUGAGCUUGAAUUAUUGUACAGUUACACAAUGUUUUGGUACAGAGUGCCGGUCCAUCAUCUGCAUAUUUUGAAACCCGAAUUUAAGGACACAGGUAGAGGGUGAGUCAACAUGUCAGUGAGCCUUUUUGCAAUGAUAGGAAGGGAUUUACAAUGGUCUUGUAACAAUGUCUUAACAGAAAGAUUAUACCUAUUGUACCUUUAAUGUAUAAAAUUGGUUGAUAGUUUUGUAAUGGCCCAUUACAAAUACACCUUGUCACAGUAAUAUCUACCUUGGCACAUCAGUAACAUUUUUUACAUUGUAAUUUAAGAGUCUUUUCAUAGGAAUUGACAAAAUGUUCUUUUGAUACUUUUUCAGAGACCCAAACAAUGAGGGUUCCUUUUCACUGGAAAAUAAACAUGUGAAAAUGACGUGGGAAUAACAGUGCAGAUUUAAUGGUUCUGUUGAAAGCAGGACAUUUCUUUAACGCUCAGCCCAUAGUUUUAAUACACUUCAACACCACAGGGGUCUAAAAAUAUCAUCUGUACAUAUGAACAAUUCCAUGUAAAGUGACAAGUCAGAAAAUGGAGCAAAGAAAACACACAAUGUACUGAUCUGUAUCUGAAAGGUGUGAAGUCUGUGGGGCCUGCCUCUAGGUGGACACGGCUAGUUGAAGUGUUUGUUAUGGCUUACAGUUGAGAGAAAAUGUCCUGUUUGCAAAUACAGUACUUAUUGCCACAUUCUAUUCACUUUGAAACAAGUGAACAUUUAGGAACCUAAUUAUCAUAUUACAAACAUAUGUACAGUCUUUUUUUUAUUUUUUUUUUAAGUCUACUGUACAAAUGUAAUACCACUGACAGCAAAUUGUCUAACAUAUACAGUAUGUUUCAGUAUCAGUUCAGUAUCUUAUUUACACUUAUUUGGUAAAACCCUGAUUCAAUCCAACUGUUUUUUUUCUUUUCUUUUUCUUUUGACUAUUUUGCAACCAUUUAAACAUAAAACACCUUUACAUUUUAAAAUACUUAACCAAAAAAAAAAAAAAAAAAAAA